AUGCAAGCAAGCCUAUACCUGCAACUUAGAAUUAAGAGUUCCCUCUAUAAUAGGAUUGGAUUGGAUGUAGAAUUCAUAAAGGCUCUGCCCAUGUUUGCAUAUGAAUCAGAAAGAAUCAGAGAGUGGGCAACAGAAUGCUUUGUUUGUCUCUUUGAAUUUCAAGAUGGGGAAAAAAUGAAGCAUUUGCGCAGCUUUAAUCACAGUUUCCAUGCAGCUUGUAUUGAUAUUUGGUUUUAUUUAAAUUCACAUUCAAUUGCCCUCUGUCGAACAAGAGUAGAUCCCAAUAAAGAUGGUAUUGCAGAGUAUGGAAGUGCAGAUAUAGAACAGAAUACCAGCAGGCCAGAAUUAGAGAGGCCGUCUAGCACUGAACCAAGUUGA